UCGAGCUCUUUCCACAGCGACCACACAGCGCAAGUCUCUCAGUUUCAGAGCUCUGCUUCAGUUAGCCGCCACCAUGCCUGCCCUCGCCAAGGCCGCUGCCCGCCCCGCCAAGCCCGCCGCCGCGGCGCCCAAGCCGAAGCCCGCCGCCGCCAAGCCCAAGGCGGCCGCCCCCGCCGCCGCCCACCCGACCUACUUCGAGAUGAUCAAGGAGGCGAUCGCGGCGCUCAAGGAGAGGACGGGCUCGAGCUCGGUGGCCAUCGCCAAGUACAUCGAGGAGAAGCACGGCAAGACCCUGCCGGCCAACUUCAAGAAGAUGCUCUCCGUCCAGCUCCGCGGCUCCGCCGCCAAGGGCAAGCUCGUCAAGGUCAAGGCCUCCUACAAGCUCUCCGACGCCGCCAAGAAGGACUCGCCCAAGGCCGCCAAGCCCGCCGCCACCAAGGCCGCGCCCAAGAAGAAGGCCGCCGCCGCCAAGCCCAAGAAGAAGGCCGCCGCCGCCAAGCCCAAGAAGUCGGCCGCCGCCGCUGGCACCAAGCGCAAGGCGCCCGAGAAGAAGCUGAUCGCCAAGGCCAAGAAGUCCCCGGCCGCCAAGGCCAAGGCGAAGCCCAAGACUGUCAAGUCCCCGGCUGCCAAGAAGGCACGCAAGGUUGCGGCUUGAGGUGUGAUCUGACUGACGUAGGUCUGCUUGGUGUGUGGUGUUCAGGGUCUGUACAAAUGGAUUCCUCAUCCUCCCUGUGUUAGGUUUUGGUUCCGCUAGGCAAGUUCUAUGUAUCGUAGGUGGUGUUCUAGUGUAUGAAAUUUGUGUCAGGAGAUGUUUAGUUCCCAGCUAAACUAAUGUGAAAUGAACUUGCAGUUUCCUCC